UUGAAAACGUCAAAAAUCAUCGUGACGUGAAAUCGUGCCGUCAGAUUGCAAAAAAUCGGAAAAUCCAUCCGCAGAGCCUCGAUAUUUUUUAUCUGCGGAUUCAAAAAUUUUGUAUUUUGUCCUAUAAUUUGGACAUUGUUAAUUAAAUUAUUGUGCAAAAAUGUGGUCCGACACUUUGCUGAUCGUUUUCAUAUCCGUGUGCACAGCAUUCCUCGGUGAAGGAUUAACCUGGCUGAUGGUCUACCGGACAGAGAAGUACCAGAAACUGAAGGGCGAAGUUGAGAAACAGAGCAAGAAGUUGGAGAAACGAAAGGAAACUCACGGCGAUUCGCUGGACAAGUCGCACAAGAAGAAAAUCGAACGCGAUGAGGAGAAGCUCAAGAACAACAACCGGGAUCUGUCGCUUGUCAAAAUGAAGUCCAUGUUUGCGACGGGUUUUGCCUUCACGGCACUGCUCAGCAUGUUCAAUAGCAUCUUCGACGGCCGCAUAGUGGCUCGAUUACCGUUCACUCCCAUCUCCUGGAUCCAGGGCCUGAGUCAUCGCAACCUGCCCGGGGACGACUACACCGAGUGUUCCUUCAUCUUCCUGUACAUCCUGUGUACGAUGUCCAUUCGCCAGAACAUUCAGAAGCUGCUGGGAUUCGCCCCGUCGCGAGCGGCAAGCAAGCAAGCUGGUGGCCUCUUCGGACCCACUCCGGGACAGUUUAAAUAGGAACGUAGCAGGUGGAGAGCGAGUAGCCAAAUUCGAUGUUUACUCAUAAUUUGUUAUUUCGUUUGUGCUUGGUUUUAAGGACGACACGGGAAAGCCAUUUAGAUGAUGUAAGUUUCGAGUUUAGUUCGUCUAAGAUGAAAAAAAUGAAAAUUUAUAUUAUGUAAAUUCGAAAUUUUCAUCUUUUAGUGUGUGAAAAUCUAGUAACUUAUGCAUCAAUAAUAUCAGCCAGUAAAGUUACAAUAUAAGACAAUACAUUUGUAAAUAUUUACAUUUCCCAUACAAAAUGGUCAUCCUUAUGGUGUUAUUUGUAAGUUAUUAAUUGACCGAUUUGAAUGAAAUUUUCACAGUUUUUCAGACAUAGGUCUUUUUGCACUAAAUUAAGUUGAGUAUCUAUUAACUAUAAAAGUUUACAAAGUCGCUUUUUUGUCCAAAAUAGACGAGAUGAACAAGUUUGCCAAAUACAGUUUUUGUGUGGGGCUUCCAUAUUUUCAGAUAAGCCGUUUAUAAUUUUUGGUCCAAAAUUUCACUAUAGUCAAAUUAUUACUUUUAAACACGAAAAAUGAUUCAAAAAUAUUUGUUAAAAUUGAAGUUACGUCUGACAUGCAUUCGGUCUAUAAAUACCUAAUUGAGAUACAGCCUACCGAAGUUGAUCAUUUUGUAUGGAAAAUCGAAAAAUGAUGUAUUGUCCAAUAAUGUUCGUGUUCCUUGGAAUAUGGAGAAUAUGGAGGACCGAGCGUCCCGUGUCCCUUUAACUAGUAAAAAUUCGGGAGCCACAGAACCAAAAAGUUAGACGUUUCACAAUGUGAGAGAAAUACUUCAGUUUUUGUUAUGAUUUGCCUGAGGCCAAACCACAUCAUCCUACUAUUUAUUAGACUAGAUCAGAAGUUUUCUUCUCCUCACUUGGGUCUCGGAGCUCUGCUCAAUCAUUAAAGUUAACAAUCAUUCUCAUAUUGAAAUGAAAAUUUGGCCACCAUAGGGCAACAAUGUACAUUUUAUGUGUAGCAGUACAAGUAAAUGCGAAGCGUAGCAUUGUGCGAUUUCGGCGUUUCAGCUAACAAACGUUAAUUCAAGACGGUUCAGUUUCUUCGCAGUAAUUUUGCUAACUCAGUUUCACUUAGCUGUGAGUAGUCGUUUAUGGUAUUUUUGUUCCGACUAUCAGUUACCGCCAAAUCGUUCAGAGCCACGGAAAUAAAAUACAAUAAAGUAAUUUAACGAUAAA